AUACAAAUAUAUUCAAAGUAAAUACAAUUAUCAAAUAUCAUUAAAUUAUAUAAGUAAUUUGGAAAGCAACAAAAGUAUUUGGAAAUUCGAUAUUCAAACAUAUUUCUAACUUUUCAUAAACUGCAAAAUGGAUAAGGUGUCCGGCAGGUGUCAUCGACUGUCGGACACAAAACGAGUCCGAAAUGCGGAUACGUCAAGAAAUUAAAGUUCCCCGUUCUACAUAGCCCGAAACUAACCCAUGGAAACGAAAAGUGAGCCAAGAAACAGAAACGUGAAGAAACAAAUCGUCAAGCUGAUAAGAAUCGGUUCGUGUUUAUAUCAGCUUUACUAUUUCAAGGCAUGCAAAUGACCUAUGUUGCCAAACACAGCCAAAACAGCAUAACAGCAAACUCGGAAUGCUUAUUUCACAAUAACAAAAAUCGAAAGAAAGAAAAGGCUAUAAAUACCGCAUCUUCGGAUUCCCAAAACCCAAGCAACAACCAGAGUAAUAAUCACCAUCAUCACACAUUUAAACCACACUUAGAAAGAAUAUCCGAUUUUUCGCCAAUCCAGAAAGAAAAAAAAUGAAGGGUGGAGUUAUCGCAGUUAUCGCAAUUCUUGCCGUUUUCCAAUUGGCUGUUCAACACGGGCAUGCAGUUACAUGCGGUGAGGUGGACGUAUCUCUCAUGCCGUGCAUUAAUUACCUAAUCGGGCACGACAGCAGCCCAUCACCGGCUUGCUGUGCGGGGGUAAAAGCGGUCAAAGGGAUGGCUUCGACCACAGCCGACAAAAGGACUUGCUGUGGCUGUGUCAAAGCUGCCGCUAACCGCUACACCGACUUGAAAGACGAGGCGGCUCAGAGUCUGCCCGCCAAGUGUGCCGUUCAGCUCGACAUUCCUAUCUCUCGUACUGUCGACUGUACCAAGAUAAACUAAGAUGGGAAGAGGUAUGAAGAAGAAGGGAGCUACGGUUUCAUAUAUCAAACGAUUAAUAUUAGAACUAUGUUUAUGUACGGAAAAAAAAGAAUAAGUUGGGAGAUUCUUGAAUAAUGGUUCAAGAAGCUCAUGUAUAAUUUCUUGAACCUUUCAAUAUUAUUAAUGAAUAUUUUCUACUUGAUAUAUA